ACUAAGUAAAAGGGAGCCGGAAGUGCGUCAGCCUCGCGCGGCUGUUUUGAUGUGAGCUUUGAAACAGGGGCCCGGCUUGGAGGAGAUGGAUCGGUACCUGCUCCUUGUCAUCUGGGGGGAAGGAAAAGUACCCCAGGCGGCGGCGAGUGGGGAGACGGAGCACCGUCCUGGGUCGCCGACCGCUCCGGGUACCGAGAAGCAGGCAGAUGUAACAGCAGCAAAUGUUUAUCACCUUCUGAAAAGAAGCAUUAGUGCUUCAAUUAAUCCAGAAGACAGUACUUUCCCUGCUUGUUCGGUGGGCGGUGUGCCUGGUUCCAAGAAGUGGUUCUUUGCAGUGCAGGCCAUCUGUGGAUUCUAUCAGUUUUGUAGUUCUGACUGGGAGGAGAUACAUUUUGGUAUGGAAAAAGAUGAAAUUGAAGAUGUUCUUCAAGCAAAUAUUGAAGAAUAUUUGAAUAAUGUUGAGUUUUUCGAGGAAGAAGAUAGCAACAGCAGGGAAUCAUUAUCCUUGGCUGAUCUCUAUGAAGAAUCUGCAGAAAAUUUGCAUCAGUUAUCAGACAAACUUCCUGCUCCCGGCAGAGCCAUGAUAGAUGUAAUGCUGUUGCCCUCUGACAAGGAUCCUCCUAAGUUAAAAGACUGUUUGCCUGCUGUGGGGGCAUUAAAGCAUUUAAAGGAAUGGUAUUCAGCAAAAAUUACUAUGGCAGGAAAUCAUAGUGAAACAAAUUGUCAGAAAAUUGCAGAAUACCUUUCUGCUAAUGUUGUAUCUUUAGAAGAUCUCAGGAAUGCUGUUGACUCAAAGGAAUUAUGGAGGGGAAGAAUUCGGAUAUGGGAAAGAAAGUUCGGAUGUGAAAUUAGUUUUCCUGAAUUUUGUUUGAAGGGAGUCACACCUAAGAGUUUUAGUACGUCUAACUUAAAUACUUGCUUCCUUGACAAAAAGAUAAUACCAUCAAAGGAUAAGACUGUUUUGCCAAAGGUUUUCCAUUAUUAUGGCCCUGCUUUAGAAUUUGUGCAGAUGAUCAAGUUAUCAGAGCUACCCUCCUGCUAUAUGUCAGACAUUGAGUUUGAGUUAGGACUGACAAAAACCAGCACUGAGAAGAAUUCCACGCUGCUGUUGGAGCAGAUUUCUUCCCUGUGUGGCAAGCAGGUCGGUGCACUUUUUGUACUGCCGUGUACUAUCAGUAACACACUCAUUCCGCCUCCCAACCAACUCAGUUCGAGAAAAUGGAAGGAAUAUAUAGCCAAAAAGCCUAAAACAAUCAGCGUUCCAGAUGUUGAAGUGAAAGGAGAGUAUUCUAGCUAUUACCUCUUGUUACAAGGCAGUGACAGCAGAAAAUGCAAAGCCACGCUGAUCCACUCCGCAAACCAGAUCAAUGGCGCGUUCGCCCUCAGCGUAAUUCACGGAAGGGUGACGGCGAGGACGGAAGAAACCCAAACGAGCUUUCCUUUUGACUUCAUGUCACUUCCACAUUUUUCUGGGGAGCAGCUUAUACAGAGAGAGAAGCAGAUAGCUAACGUUCAAGCUUUGGCUUUGAAAGAAUGUCUGAAAAGGAGGAAGUUGGCAGGGCAGCCGGAAGUGCUGUCUGUUGCUGAGUUCAAACAUCUGUUAACACUCACAAGGGAACGCUUUCUAGAUCAUUUUGAUGCUGUUAUUCCUAAAACAGUCAUAAGAAAAACAGACAAAGUUAAUACCUCCAGUCCAUUAAAGGACCCCGGUCCUAUGGAACCUAGUUCUUCAUGUCUAAUGGAAACCAAUCCUCUGGAAUGGCCAGAAAGGCAUGCCCUUCAAAAUUUGGAAACAUUUGAAAAAGCUAAACAAAAAAUAAGAGCUGGUUCGUUGCCUCGUUCAUCCGAACAGUUGCUGGGCCACAAAGAGGGUGCGCGGGACUCGAUCACACUAUUGGAUGCUAAAGAGUUGCUGAAAUUCUUUACCUCGGAUGGAUUACCAGUGGGAGACCUUCAACCUUUACAGGUUCAAAAGGGGGAAAAGACUUUUGUCCUGACCCCCGAACUUAGUCCUCGGAAACUUCGAGUUUUACCUUUUGAAAAAGCCUCGGUGUGUCAUUAUCAUGGAAUUGAAUACUGCUUGGAUGACCGGAAAUCUUUAGAAAGAGAUGGGGGGUUUUCUGAGCUUCAGUCUCGCCUUAUUCGUUAUGAAACCCAGACAACCUGCACCAGAGAGAGUGUCCCAGUGCCCACGAUGCUGAGCCCCCUUCCGUCGCCCGCGGUUUUGUCCGACCCUGGCAGUGUCCCCGAUGGAGAAGCCGUGCAGAGUGAACUUCUGGCCGAAGCUUCCCGACUGAAAAGGAGAUCAAAAGAUCCGCAUUGCCUCAAUCCCAAAAAAAGACUUGUGAAGUCUGAAAGUUCAGAUUCUCUUCUUUCUCAGAUGAGUGGCAAUGCAGAUCAUCACCACCGUGCAGUGACAUCCAAAAAGCCACGGGGGGAGAGAGCAUUACCUCUGACUGGUCCCUCAGUUCCGGUUCACAGCUGUGAAACUUCCAAAGUCACUACAAAGGCCAGUGCAGGUCAAGCACAAGUGCGUGAAUCCAAAACACCAAGGCAGAUCAAGGAAUCGAGAUCACAGAAACAUACCCGGAUGUUGAAAGACGUGGUUACUAAAACCCUGCGGAAGCACAGAAUUACGGAGUCCCACGAAUGUUUCGCCGCCUGCAGUGAGCGUCUCUUCGAGAUCUCCAAGUACUACCUAAAGGAUCUUAAAAAUUCAAGGGGUCUAUCAGAGGAAAUGAAGAAAACCGCAAACAAAAAUGUGCUACAGGUGAUUGAGUGGGUGUUAGAAAAGACAAGCAAGAAAUAGCAGAAUCGUUCUCUUUGGACACUUGUUAAUUGCGGGGAGCUACUACUUCACUGCUUCCUCCCUGAGGUUGAACAUUAUAAACAAAUUUCAAACUUUAUUCAAAGAAGAGAUGUUACAUCUCUAAAGAAUUUCAUAAAGAUCCCAUAUUUAUGUAGUUUUGAGAAUGCCCAGUUAACGUAUUUUUAAUUCUGUACAUAUUUUAUAGUUUCCUAUUUUAAUUGUUUAAGUUAAUAUUUUUAUAUGUUUUUAAAAUUUUACUCUCGGUUAUUUAAUUAUUUCAAUAAAUAGAAAAAGCAAUUUCUUUACUUCUUGGUAAAUGCCUUUGUUGCUAGAUCUAUUUAAAUUACUGAGCCUCAAAUAAGAGAGUGCAAAUGACUUUUCUUGUGUAUUUUAACAGCGUAAUUGAUCAGAUUGCUCCCGAUUUAGAAAAUAUCGGCAAA